CUCAUCUCUCCUUCGUCCGUCAUGUAGCGCGGUUACCGGGUCACUGCGCAUCAAUGGCGGGCAACUGACCGCUGCAGCAAACCGCUUUUUGUUGUUACUCGACUUUUCAACAAGUGGAAUUUUAUUCGAACUUCAGAGACUAAUAUCUUAGAAAAAUAAAUUGCAUUCAAGAGCGGCAAUUGUAACAGAAUAUAUCGUGCUCGUCGCUUGCUCAUUAUUCACGGAACCGAUCUCGUAGAGCUCAGAGAGACGAGAUCCAAAGGUGACACGACGAAGACGACCCCGGGAACGGCACUAAAAAUAUAAUAAUGUCGUUAUAUAAUGCAGCUUUUCAAGUAGAUACCGUCAACAAUAUCGUACCGAGUUGAACUCACCGUGCCAAAUAAAAGAUACAAGGACGACACUAUCCGCUGCCUCGAGGAUGCCAUAAGAGUGCCUUAUUCGAUAUUAGCAAGUGAUCUUCGCGACGUUCUGCUGGGUGCUCGCGGCUACCGGGAACGUUAUCCGUAACGAGGACAUCUGCGGGCCCCACAAUGGCAGGCGUCUGUAUCUGGAGCUGGGCGAGAAGGGUGUUCUCUUCGCGAAGAAUGUCACCUUCGUCAGGAACAUGCCAGCCAGGCUGCCGGCGUCGCGUCUCUACGCGACCACCAACAGCUCGCACCAUCAGUGCAGCCUCGAGCUGGUGACAUGUCCGUCCUGUGUGAUCGUCGUCACUUUCAGGAAUAUCGCGCUGUCGCAUCACUGCGGUGACGGAGGUGUCGUGAUGGACAGUCCCUGCAGGUGCGACUACGUGUGGCUCUCGGAACCGCCCUAUGAGGACGUGUCUGGCACGCCGUUCUGCGGAUCGUAUGCGCCGAUCAUAUACAGAUCGAGUACGAGAACCUUGUCCAUAAACCUGCUCUACAGCCAGUCCCACAAGCACGCGUUCACCAUCGAGUACACGGCGGAAAGAAAUAGACUGCACUUGAAAGGCACGGAAAUGACAUCGGGGGCGCCGACAAAGGGCUCGAACGGCACCGGCGGCGGUAUUCUGACCUCGCCAUUUUUCCCGGCUCGAUAUCCGCGCGACUUGGGCCUGGAAUACAUCAUCACGUGUCUCAGUGAAGCUCCCACCUGCAGGAUCAGAUUACUCUUCAGCGACUUUCAAUUAGCGACGGUCUCCAUAAUGGAGUUCUACGACUGGAACGGUCAACGCUUGGACGUGACCAGCGGUGCGAGAUUUCGACCGCCGGUGAUCGUCAGCUCUGGCCCGUCGUUGCUGAUUAGGUUUUACGCCAACGGCGGCACCGGCCUGGGCUACAAGGCCUUUUACUCAUUCGUGAUCGGUCACGCGUUCGACAAGUCCGUGCAGCCGAUCACGGACUGCGGCGGAUACGUGGAGAACUUGGGUGGUGCUAUCACGAUGAUGAACAUGGUCGGCCAAGGGGUGAAGACCUACGAUUGCGUCUGGCUGAUCCGGCCGCCGAAGAAUUUUCUGCACAUGAAGACGCACAUGUACCUGAAGGUGGUGGGUUUCGCCGACAUGGCCGGCAACACGGAGCUGAUUAUAAAAGAAGGUCCGACCUCGGCCUUGAUGUCGUUGGAAGUUAUCAGACACCCGGCUAGCCAGCUGCAGCCUCUCAGACACAGGGAACACGUCGCGCCAGUCUCCAGCGGAUUCCACGUGAGUCUUCGUGGUAUAUUCGGCCCGAGUUCUCACUUGGCAAUCGCCUAUGCGGCCUUCAGCUACAUGGAUUGCUUCGCUGGCACCGACUUCCUCUGUCAGAAUCAUAGAUGUAUCCCCAGUCAACUGAACUGCGAUGGUUUCGAUCAUUGCGGCGAUAACAGCGACGAGCCGGUGACGUGUUUUCAAGAUUGGAGUGUGGAACCGCGCGAUCGCAAAUGGCACACGAACAAAGCGAAUUACUACUUCCCAAAGAUCGAUCGAUAUCCCGAUCUGAAAACAGCCACCCUGGUGUUCGUUGCCAGCAGUCUCGGUCUGAUUGUUCUGAUAUCGGCCCUCAUUAUACUGCUCCAUAGAAUAGGAGCCAGAGCGAGGCAACAAAGGGAACUGCAGUCUCGUCUCGAGACAAUCAGCGAGCUUUUAGUUUUUAAUAUUGCAGACGGUGCACGGAUUGAUGAAAUAUCCAUUCCGGACGAUCCACCCGUGUACGAAGCUCCGCCGGGCUACGAGGAGGUCGCGAAACUCGUCUUGCCCAAGAAGGCUCAAUGCUUGAAUCGUGUAACUUGCAACAGAAACUCUCCGAACCAGCGCGAUGAGGACGCGAACUCCUCUACUUACCUAGUAGUGGAAGGCGCGAGCAACAGUCGUAGCAGCCAAACGACCUCGAUAAUGUCGGGGAACGAUCGACGGCCACGUAUACCCGAGAGUCCACCGCCCCCGUACAUUACACCGCCGGGAACUAUAUCGAGGAACGUGAUAGCUGGCUUGUCGGCCUCGAUGAGGCAGAUCUGUCCGGUUCGUCGCAAUUGGUUCCGACGUAGCAUGCAGUAUCCUCAAUCCGCAGGUCACUCCUCAGCAUCUGUCGAUGCCGUAUCCUUAUCUGUUAACAUCGCAACAUCUGCCACGUGCUUGAUGGGUCGUCCCGCCACCUUGGACGCAAACUGGCGACCCGACGAUCCUCCGAAGGAGACUCAGAUCGCUCGAGAAGUCGCUACGGAAGCGUCGGGGGAGAACAGUUGUCGUGCACCGGAAGAAAAUUACGAUGAGAUCAUCGACAGGUCGGACGGAAGUAACACCAGCUAUUCUUGCGAAGGAGCGUGCGGUUGCGCUAUCAACAGCCAUGAUCUUCAAGAUCUCCCGAUGGCUGAUUCCUCGUCGAGCAGUUCGACGACAUCGAUAAGCCGCGACGAUGACCACGAGAUGCCGGAGUCAAAAGCCACGGUGGCGACCGAAUCCACUUCCAUGAAAAGCCCUAAUGAGUAUCAGGAGACGGAGGAGACCUUGAAAUCGAGAAACGCCCUCGUACGACUUCUGGGUAGCAAGCUGGCCAGACCGUCUCACCAGAGCACCAGCUUGAACUCAACAGCGACGUCGUCGCCGUCCUUCGGCACUCUGCGCGGAGCUUCUUCCGGAAAGUUCUCCGCGUGCUCUCGCGACAACUGUCUGACCAAGAUCUCCACGGUGAGCGCAUGCAACAGCUACGAGAAGCUACAAAACGAAUUUGAGAUCGUAUCGGAGGCGGCGAGCGUCGGGUGCACGACGAGUCCCAGCACGAUGGCGAGCACGCCGAGCGUCACGCCGAAGAGCGUACUUCCUCGGCGCGGCAGCAAGCGACGAUACACCGGCUGCGACUUGGACAGCCUCUACGAGGGCAUCCGGGCCUUGGACCUGUACUUGGCGCGCAGGAACCACAACGUCACCCAUGGACAACGGCAAUCGGUCGCUGUGAUCUUCGGUACUCCGAAGCACGGAAUCGCGCGCGACCCGGGCGGGUCGUCGCGGCGGACGACGAGAGAGUUGCGAGAGAGAAUGCGAACCCGCAUAUGGCGUUCCAGCGAGGACGCCUCGUCGAGUUAAUUCCGUUUAUUGUAGGUGGAAGCCGUGAGAAAUUGAAAACUACCUGAAAAGCCUGAUAACCUGAAAACCUGAUACGUCGCUACGAUACACGGAGAGAAUUUUAUAGUAAAAUUUACUGCAGGACUUUGAGCGCGAUCCAACAACCGUUACAAAUGUUGCGCAGCGUUUCUCCCUCUUGUUCUAUUCCUCGGAUUCGAGUGAAGAAAGAGAAAGAAAUAAAAACGCUACAAAGCAUUUGCAGCGCCCGCUGGACCGUACCCUUUGUAACCGAGAAAUAGAUCGGCAUUCUGCAGUAAUUCACUCGAUCCUUUUAUUUCAUGUGCGCUGCUUAUAUUUCAGAGACUGAGAUGUACUAUUAAAACACCUUGCUGUGUUUCUAGCGAAAUCUGCUAGGUUUUUUUUCAGCGAAAUUUAGGGUGCUCCUUAGCAAGAUAGACCUGACCGAUAAU